GUUCGGCUUCUGAAUGGAGGAGCAUUUGAGGGUAUGACCGAACGUGUUGAAGUGCAUGGUCACUCAGCGAACUGGAACAGUCAUUUCAGCUUCUCGUGCCGCAUUGCUGUUGAUCCUUCAACGGGCGUUCUCGAAAAAUGUGCUUGUAGAAUAUCACUUCGGAAGUUCUUUUACUUUGUAUAUUCACUGAAUAUUGCAUGGGAGAUGCUCAGUUUUAGCGAUUUGCAGGAGCAAAAAGGUGGAAAGUCGUUCUCGAAGCUCGGCUUCGUAGACAUAAAUUUGGCGCAGUUUGCUGCAUCAGGU